AUGUCUAGCGUGACGCCACAGAUACCUUUCAAGGCGUGGCUGAAGCUGCACGCCAAGGCGAUUUGCCAAGCGCUGCCGCUUUCUCUUCUUAUCGUGGUAGAGGCACGUGAUCUCUACUACCGCGCCACCUGGGACGUCACCCCGGUGCCGCCGAGCAAGUUUGAGAUCGGGGAUGUUAUUGCGGUGUGCAACCGGUGGUACACACUACCCACCUGGAGCCACGUUAUGUACAGCUGGCUCUCUAAGGUGCUGCUCAAGUCGUGCUGGGACGACGUCGGCGUCAUUUCAUCGGUGAAAAACGGCACGCCACACAUCCUCUACGUAGACUUCCACGGCGUGCACGAGAAGCCCUUGGAUGCGUUUCUGGAAACGCGCUGCCCUCGCGGUGCGGCGGUUCGGAAGUUGCACCGGGACGAAUGCGUACCAUCGCUUAGCCCUACUAUCGCAGAUCUCUUUCGCAAGGAGGUGGAGAAGAUCUCCGUGGAGCCGUGGUUCCUCUUCUCGGCAAGCAUGCGUGGGGGCAGCGAGCACAAAUACUACGAGUUCUGUGUCCGCAUGCACGAGCAACGGUGCAAGAUACACUCCAUGCUGCAGCGGCGACAGUCGCGGCCGGCGAUUGAGGCGCAGCAGACUUCCUUGAAGGAGAUGGAGGUGAUGCGGCAGCAUCUCGCCAAGUUCGUGGAGCCGGUGACGCACUUUCACCUCUACAACGGCUCUCUCGUGGCAUCCUUAUUCGCCACGUACGGACUGGUUGACCGUGAGAUACCCUCACCGUCGCGAUACGUUCCACAGGACUUUGCCCACACAAUCCCCUUCCUUGGCGCCACGACGCUCGAUGAGCCCAUUGUCUUCUUUAGGAACUGA